AUGUUUGGAUUCAUUCUUACACAAGUUGGAAAUGAUCUUCAAUAUGAAUGGGUUCUGGAUGAACAACUAGAUCUUAAUGAUAAAGUGACAUUUGCUGUCCGAUAUUUAAAUGAUCAACGUCGUUAUGAUAAAUUAGAUCAAUUUGCUGAUGAAAGUCGAGAAAAAGGAGAUCUUCAAGGAAUUCUCCUUGCUGGUUUGUUUUAUUAG